AUGGCUGUCGCUGAUAUUGGUCUUAUCGGUUUGGCUGUAAUGGGACAAAAUUUGGUCCUUAAUAUGAAUGAUCAUGGUUUCACAGUUGCCGUUUUCAAUCGUACUGUUUCCAAAGUGGAUGAAUUUUUGGCGGGCCCAGCGAAAGGGACAAAAAUAAUUGGGACUAAGUCUCUCGAAGAAUUUGUAAGCAAACUGAAAAAACCACGAGUUGCGAUGUUGUUGGUGAAAGCCGGUGAUGCGGUUGAAGGUUUCAUCGAAAAAUUAGUCCCACUAUUGGAACCGGGAGAUAUCAUCGUUGAUGGUGGCAAUUCAGAAUACAUGGAUACCGAUAGGCGAUGUAAUUACCUGAUGGAGAAGGAGAUACUUUAUGUUGGAUCUGGUGUCAGCGGUGGGGAAGAAGGUGCACGUCAUGGACCAAGCCUGAUGCCCGGUGGUAAUCCAAAAGCGUGGCCUCGUAUUCGGCCAAUCUUUGAGGCCAUUUCCGCAAAAGCCAAAACGGGGGAGCCUUGUUGUGGCUGGACUGGACCGGGCGGUUCCGGACAUUUUGUGAAAAUGGUUCAUAACGGAAUCGAAUAUGGUGACAUGCAACUGAUUGCCGAAGCCUAUCAUCUGAUGCGAGAUGUGGCCAAACUGUCCAAUGGAGAAAUGUCCCAGGUGCGUACCUCUACAUCGUCUCCCUUUCGCUUUUCAUCUGUCCUUCUCCUGUUUCAAAAUAAUGUGAAAAGCUAA